GAAGGGGGCGGAAUCUCUAAUCCACCCAAGACCCGGUUCCUCGAUUCCCAUCGUUACGACCGAGGAGAAAAGAGAGUAAAUUUUCCUAUUAUAGCCUUCUCUCGCACCUUCCCCGCUUCCCACCAGCCGUCUCCACUGUCCUCACCGUCCCCAUCCUCAUCCAUGGCGAAAUCUUCGCCCCCAGCCUCGUGAAGAUCUAGCACGUCCGCCAUCUCGCCUUCGAUCGAGAUCUCGUCUGUGCCGCUCAGACACUAGGUACCUCGGGAAACUGUCGCAGAGGGGAAAGGUCGCCAGUCAAGCUGACCAAUCAAAGCUUGCUGGCCUGCUCUAUAGUGCUGUUGCUUAAAAAGUCAUCUGUGAAGAAAACCAGAGGGAGAAAUUUCACCUGCCAAAGUGGAUAAAGAGUGGCUCAGAAAUCAAAGAUGGGGAAAUAGAGGCCAGAAGUAGAAGAAAAUAGAAGAAACACACUUGGUGAAAUGAAAAUUAGACCCUGAAUAAAAACUGUUUAUUCACUGGAUCUCUGAAUACCCAGGCCCCCUCCACCAUGGCCAGCCGGGGUGGGGGCCGGGGUCGUGGCCGGGGCCAGUUGACCUUCAACGUGGAGGCCGUGGGCAUUGGGAAAGGGGAUGCUUUGCCCCCACCCACCCUGCAGCCUUCUCCACUCUUCCCUCCCUUGGAGUUCCACCCAGUACCUUUGCCCUCAGGAGAGGAAGGGGAAUAUGUCCUGGCACUGAAGCAAGAGCUACGAGGAGCCAUGAGGCAGCUCCCCUACUUCAUCCGGCCAGCUGUCCCCAAGAGAGAUGUGGAGCGUUAUUCAGACAAAUAUCAGAUGUCAGGUCCGAUUGACAAUGCCAUCGAUUGGAACCCUGAUUGGCGGCGUCUACCCCGGGAGCUAAAGAUCCGAGUGCGGAAGCUACAGAAGGAACGGAUUACAAUUCUGCUCCCCAAGAGGCCCCCUAAGACCACAGAAGAUAAGGAGGAAACAAUACAGAAACUAGAGACCCUGGAGAAGAAGGAAGAAGAAGUAACUUCAGAGGAGGAUGAGGAGAAAGAAGAAGAAGAAGAGAAGGAAGAGGAGGAAGAAGAAGAGUAUGAUGAAGAAGAACACGAAGAGGAAACUGAUUACAUCAUGUCAUAUUUUGACAAUGGAGAGGACUUUGGUGGUGACAGUGAUGACAAUAUGGACGAGGCUAUAUACUGAAGAAGGACUCUGGACCCUCGUGUCUUUCUUUAGGAUACAGAGAGUAACUGUACCUAUUAUUUGUUUCUUCAGACAAGCAAAUCAUUUGGUCAGAGUUCAUAUAAUCUGUCUGUUCCCUGGAGAUGGGAAUAGAGGAUGAUGACAGUUUAUUUUCUACACUUCCCCUCCUUCCACAUUUGUAUCACCUUUGCUAUCUUGGGGAAAGUGCAAAGGACAAACAUCUCAAUUGUAUGAAGGGAGAAAGGAGAAUUGAAAGAAGAACUGGGGUUGUUAGAGCUGAGAUGACUGUGCACAUACCCCUGCCCAAUUUAUAUAGCUCUUUGUGGAGAUAAUUAGGGGUGGGAGCAGUUUGAAGGAGUAAGCCUGGUUUUAUACUUUUAAAUAAAGUGUUUUUAUCUGUC